AGAGUCAGAGGAUGAGCGGGAGCGUACUAGGAGCGUACGGUGAGGUGCCCGUGUCACCUGCGGACAGUUUCUACCCUCAGGGCUACUACCACCAUGCCGCCGCUGCCUCCAACAUGCCGCCCUACAUGCACCACCUACACGCGCAGCAAGAGGUGAUAGAGCGUGGUGGGCCCGAGUACUGGUCAGAUGGGGCCCGCAGCGUGUCCUGUGACGAGGACGGCUACGCCAGCGGUAGUCCUGGGUCCAGGUACCUCAACCUCGACACUCCGCAAGGUUGGGACCCAGGAUACGGCCUGUACCCCGGGGACCUCGACUGUGGACCCAGUUACGAACUGCAGGACAACGGGUCCCCGGUCAUCAGGGUGGUCAAGCGACGCAACACAGCCAAUAAGAAGGAGCGAAGCUGGCCUGGCCGCAGGAGAACGCAGAGUAUCAACAAUGCCUUCGCGGACCUCAGGGACUGCAUUCCCAACGUCCCCGCGGACACCAAGCUCAGCAAGAUCAAGACCCUGAGGCUGGCGACUUCUUACAUCGGCUACCUCAUGGGUGUUCUGGAGAGUGAUGACUGCGGUGACGGCUUCAAGGCAGACCUGAGCAGUCAUCGGCGAGGUGAACGGCAGACCAGGCCACAGUCGCAGGUGGACCCAGGAAAGGCCAAAGGACGCACAGGAUGGCCUCAACACGUCUGGGCAUUGGAGCUGAAACCGGAGACCGUCUAAUUCUCCCGAAUUACUUUAAGUUUUGUAUAAAUAUUGUAAUAUAUAUAUAUCUUGUUAUACGGAUUUAAUAUUGUAUGUGUUAAUAAAAAUAUCUGUGUCUUA